AGCAGCAGCAUCACCAACACCAACACCAGCACCAACAUCAACACCAAUCGCUCCACCACCACCAAGCACCGCAGCUCCACCAGUUUUCGUCCCAGGAUCUCAGUAGUCAGGUGACCACCCACCAGCUCAACCACCAUCUUGAAAUGUUGUCUCAGCAGGUGAAAGUGGAAAAUCUCUUGGAGCUGGCCCUGAAAAAAGUGGCACCCAGGUCAAGUGAUUUGUAUCGUGUUGGCCCACAGUUUAGCCAGACCAACCACCACCAGCAAAUAUACUGCCACAGUACCGGAAUGGAUGUGCUUCCAUCGUUGCACGCUCGGAUAGAUCGAGGCUUUGAAGUGGGCGAUGAAGGUACUUGGAUCGGGUACAAACGUAACUAUUUCACGCUUGUGGCGUCGUUCAGUUUGGACGGAUUUGAAUUUCAAAGAUUCCUUCAAAACAGGUUUUAUACAUACGAGAAGCUGAAGACCAGUGGAGAACACAAGGUGGAUAUUAGCUAUUUUGCCAUUCGGCUAGUAGCCAAAUGCUCGGACGACGAAGUCAACAUCAGCUUGGUACAACAUACACCCAAAAGAGACAAGGGCCCUCAGUUUCCACCUCCGAUUUACCCAGCUGUGCCGGGAGACUUACCAGACCAUGGUACGGUGAAGGUAUCGUCCAAUAAGCGGAAUACCACCAAGCUCGAUAACCUCAACAAAAUCUUUUAUUUUGACAGAGGCGAGUAUUAUCGCAACACGAACCUUGUCAAGGACGACUCGAUAUUGAAGAGUUACCCAAGUGAUAUGGUGCCACGGGUGGCCCGUUUUGAAAGGAUCCAGUUCACCUCUUCCAUUAGAAUGAGAACCACCUCUGCCAACAAUCGAUUCUUCACGCUUCACGUGGAACUACUCGGAAUUGUCGAAGACGAAGACUCACACAUACAGCCGAUCUUGUUGUCAUCUAUCGAGUCACCACCUUUGGUGAUCAGAGGCCGUUCUCCUUCGAAUUAUCAUAAGGAUAAGACUUCGGGAUAUCGAGCCAUGGACGAUAUACUGUCCCAGCACUUGCAACAGAUGGGACCUCCAUAGAAAACCAGUUUGUAAAACUAUGUGUAUAAAAUGACAACAUCUU